AUGUCUGUAGACCUGUCGGAUCCUCAGAUAGGCCUGACAAGGAGUAAGAUACAAGAUCCGAAUGAUCCGACAACUUGGUUCUUGCUGCACUAUGCAACGUCUCUAACAUCCCCUAUAUCCGUCCCUUCUCUCUCUCAAUAUAUCACCGUCCUGUCAUCAGGACCCGAACCGCUCUUACCUAGCUGGCAGGAACACCUAACAGAUACGAAAGAAGAUGUUUUACAUGGUUAUGGAGAGAUAGCAGGGAAAGGUUUGGUCUUGUUGUUUCUGCGGGAUAGUGUAGGAGGUGUGAAGCGAGCUAGAGCAGUAGUUCACUCCAGAUCAAUAGCUUCUUUAUUCCCGGACUAUACCGCCCUGAUCACCAUUGCCCACCCAUCUCAACUCACCGAAGAACUCAUAACUGAACGACUAGCUCUCAAUCAACCUUCCUCACUACCUUCCACAGUACCUAAACCGAAGUAUACCGUACCUGGGUCGGACCAUCCUAAUCCACUCUCACCACUCGCACCAGGCGGUCCUAUGCCAUUUUUACCUUCGGGUGGUAUAGCUGGCUCAUCCAGAUCCGUCUCAACUUCUGCGACACCUCAUAAUGAGAAAAAUCACAUAAAUCAUCCCUCACCCAGGAAGUACGGUGAUCUAACUUCGCCUGUUCGACAGGCACAUAAUGGUUCGCCUUCCAAUCGCAGGGUGAUAUCAUUGAAUGAUCCACCUACUACAAGUCCCUCGCCUGGACCACCCCUCAACGCACCCAUAUCACUUGGAUCACCUGUAAAAGUCGACGCAGCCCCGACUCAAAGAGGAAUCUCUUCAGCAGAUUAUUUCGGUAAAGAAGAUGGCACAGGUACAGGUAGUAACCCUGGUUCGCCAAGAAGUAGGAAAACUUCUUUCGGUGUUAGACUGAAAAAUACAUUUUCAAGCAACUCCAAUAAUCAUAAAUCAGCUUCAUCCAAUCAUGAGGAAGUAUCUUCUUCCCCUCCUCCUUCUCAACAGCAACAACGUCAAAAUGGCAAUGGUAGUUCUACUCCGGUGAAAGAUUCACCUAAAGAAAGUCGAUUUAAGAAUAAUUCAUUGGUGAAAGCAUUUCAUCGAAGAAGAUCAUCAACUCAAACUUAUACACCACCCGAUUCACCCAAUAUGAAUUCGAAUUCGAAUGUUGAUGAUCAGACUAUAGAGUAUGCUCCUCCCGUUCCACCCAAAGAUAAACCACCUACCCCUCCCACUACCACUAUCGAACCACCUAAUCCUUUACAGUCUGAGAUACCCACUCCGACAUCUGGAGUUACCAUAGGUCAUGAACAGAAUCUGCCCUUACCCGCUGAAAAUCACAGGAGUAAUUCGAGGAAACUUCUAUCACCCUCUCCGUCCGCCAAACAGAUGUUAUACGAUGCGAGACAGAAGAGCCUCGAAGCGGAGAAUGAGAUUCAACAGAGGUUCAGGAGGGAUCAAGAGGACAAGUUGCAUAGCAAUGGGAAUGGUAUUGUGAGAGAUAGGGAUGAUGAUGAUGAGGAAAGUGUGAGAUUGGCUUAUGAUCAAUCUGAUGAUGAAGAUGAUCGACCACGGAGUGUCAGUCAGACUUUAGAGGGUGAAAGUGAUAAACAGAAUACACCGGCUCAAGUGGGACAAGCAGAGAAGAUAAGUCACGCUGCUGAAGAGCAUGCUCAAAGACAGGCUCUGAUAAGGGACGAAGAGGAGAAAGCUAGAUUGUUAGCUUUGGAAGUUGAAAGAGCGGCAGCGGAAGAGAAAGAAAGAUUAGAGAAAGAGAAAGUCGAAGUCGAGAGGAAAGCUGAAGAAGAUAGGAGGAUAGAGGAAGAACGGAUUAGACUAGAGAGGAUUAGGUUGGAAGAGGAAGCGAGAAAGGAGGAGGAAGAGAGGUUGAAGCUGGAUGCUGAAGCGGAAGCUGAGAGGGCUAGGGUAGCGGCCGAGGAGGAGAAAGCUAGGAUAGAAGCGGGAAAAAGAGCCAAAUUAGAAGCCGAAGAACGUGCCAGAAUUGAAGCUGAACAGGCGGCUGAACGAGCCAAAUUAGAAGCUGAAGAGAAAGCUAGAUUAGAGGCUGAAGAAUUAGCUAGGGAACAAGCUGAAGAAGCUGAGAUUGCCCGGAUUAAACAAUUGGAAGAAGAAGAAUUAGCUAGAAAACAAGCUGAAGAACAAGCUAGAUUGGAGAAAGAAGAAGUAGAGAGGAGGAGAUUGGAAGAGGAACUUAAGAGGAAACGGGGGAUUCAAGAAGGUCUGGAGAAAGGUAAAAGGGAAGGAGAAGUAAUGCUACGAGGGUGGGUCACUGUGCAGACAUAUAAAAGUAUGACAUGGCGAAGGAGAUAUUUCCAUUUAUUGCCUAAAGAGAUGCAGCUAUACAAAGCUGAAGGCGAUGCUAAACCGAUCCAAACGAUAUAUAUUGGGCCUUCCUCGAGCGUAUCGGAGAAAUACGAAGAAUCGCAGGUUAAAGAUAGUUUCAAAGUGAUUUCGGACGGACCCAAAGGUGAAGAGGAAUUCUUCUUGUUCACGGACUCGGGUGAAGAUAAAGAGAUUGUCUUGGAAGGUUUGAGGUUGUGUAUGAUAUGA